AAAUACUGUAAUACUUAUGCAUUCAGAUUAGAUGCGGAAUCAAGCAGCGACGAGAGUGGGGAUGAAUUGGAUAAUGACAUGAAAGGUCUUAGUAAAUCCAGCCAUGAUCUGAUGAUGAAGCCGGAGGGUGGGAAGAAAGGCACAAGUUUUUUUAAGCAUGCUCGGAAGUCUUAUCCUAUGUUCCCAUUCCAUGAGGAACGGAUCAAGUGGGAUGAAUAUGGAGAGCUUAUCCGACCAGAAGACUAUGCACUCGUAGAUGUCACAGGGACUGAAAAUGAUGAUAAAGAUGAUGAGGGUAAAAUGGAGGUUACCGAAAACUUUGAAG